AGCCGCAGCUGCAGUAAUUUCACGUCAAAACAAUCCGGAAGACGAUACAGCAUGACGGGGACGUGUUAUUUUAGCUGAGACGAGUCAGUCCAGCUUCGCGUUUGGGAUCCAAAGUCCAUGUUGACGGAUCGCAGGAGCUCCACAUAUUAAUUUACGUAGACGGUGGCAGACUGAUUUAGAGUCAUCAUGGGUAAUGGAAUGAAUAAGGUUGUUGAUGGGCUUUACCUUGGAAACAUAAGAGAUGCAGAAAACAGAGAAAGUCUUUCAAAGAAUGGCAUUACCCACAUCCUGUCAGUGUAUAACAAUGCCAAGCCCGUGUUUGAGGACAUGACUUACCUUUGUAUUCAUGCAGCUGAUGCUUCGAGCCAGAACCUAUUACAGCAUUUUAAAGAAUGCAUUAGCUUCAUCCAUGAAUGUCGCCUGAAUGGUGGAUCUUGUCUUGUACACUGCCUUGCAGGCGUGUCCCGCAGCACCACCAUGGUGGUGGCCUACCUGAUGACUGUCACCCACUACAGCUGGGAGGAGUGUCUGUCUGCAGUCAAGGCUGUUCGCUCCUUUGUCGGCCCAAACUAUGGCUUCCAGCAGCAGCUACAGGACUACCAGGCGACACAAGUUUCAGAGUAUCAAGCCUGGUUACGGUCCAGUUUCCGUCCCAGUCCCUUUAAUGACCAGGAGCAGGUGGGGGCCCUUCUGAGCCAGUACAUGGAGCAACAGGAGAGCCAGAGGAGAGGGGGAGACAACCGCUGGAUAAAUCAGGGUGUAGGUGUCUGUGCUCUGCCGUCCGAUCAUGAUGGUCCUGAAAGCAGCAGCUGAAACACGGCAUCAGCUUGUGCUAAAGUCCUGCCAAAAACUGUCUUUCUAUGGCAGUAGUUAUACUCUGUACUCAAUUUCAAAUCAACCCAAAGUUGUUACAAACUGUAAGGCUUUUGUAAAACUUUGAAAGCGUAGAAUAAAAUAACUCCACUUUGAAAGCCAAGCAUAUGGUUUAUACCUAAUUUGCAUCUAUGUAGUUGCUUUAAAGGACUGAGGGUUGAUCAAGGACUGUUUAAGACAGGGACACAGUCUCUGCGGCUUCACCCAUUGUUUUCUGAAGAGACAUUUUGAAGCCCCAUGAUGGUGGGUGCCAUACUGGAAGUGCUGACUCAACCUGAGUUUAUGAUCAACCAGGCAAAUCAGUGGAGCUAAGGCAGGCUUUUAGCCUCCUGGCUUACAGCUCCCAACCUGUCAGUCAACUCAGCUGUGCCUCUAAAUAUGCAAACUUAUGCAUGAGUCUCAGCCUUUAUAUCAUCUUAAUGGAUGCAUUAUAACAUAAUCAUCCCCCGUAUUGUAUGAACGAUUAAAUACAUUAGCUACAUACCACUAGCAGUUUUUUUGCAACUAUCUGUAAACAUGUUUUUUCCUGCUGUGAAGUUGCACAUUUUAACUUGAGUCCUGAGGGGGGUUCCUUGGCUUUUGCAGCCAGCCUCAAGUGGACAUUGAAGGAACUGCAGUUUUUUUUUUUUGCACUUCAUUAUUUAUCACUGGGGACUGCCACUUGGGGUUGAUUUAGAAUUGAGCUACAGACUCUUCUCCACUACUAGUACCGCCCAUGCUUCCUUAACUAAAGAAAGCCACAACAGGGGUCUCGGUGCUCACAGACGCCUUACUCUUAACACCUCUGCACCUUAGCCAUAACGAAUAAACUACACUUCCAUGUGGACUUCUUACACCUGCAAUGUUCAGCUCGGUGGCCUUAAAGACACGACUAACAGAUGACUUAAAGGAACAUUUUGCCUCAAGUUAUCGAGAUGUUGAGAUUUAUUAAAAUUCUCACUUUCAAAAACAAUGAUGCAAAACCUUCAUAAAUGACAAAUAAAAGCCACAACUCUUUGUAACUCAAAAAUGGAACUAGCACAUGUUUGACAUUUGUACAUAAAAAAUAACUCAAACAAUUGUGAAUUCUCAAAGUAGAAGACAGUACAUUUUCUUUUGAUUGACUGCUUGAUUGAACAAGAUCAUAGGUUGAUCUUUGCAGCUCUAGUCACUGUUUUAUAGCAGCUACACUCGCCACUGAAACGUGUUACGAUAAGAUAAAUGUAUCACUUUUGCACAUCACUGCCCAAGGAGUAAACUGUAUGUUUACACCCAGUUGUAUACUGGCUCUGCGCACUAUUUACUUUACCUGUCUACAACAGAAUCAAGCACCAACAAUCCACACACAAACAUAGUGACCUGAUAUCUGCUACUAUGGGCAUGUAGCUGGUAAGGGAAAGCCUUGCACUGGGUGUGUCAGCUCCUUACAUCUAUAUACCAGCCAACAAAAACCUGUUGAGUUAUCUCAUGAUUUCAGAUAAGCCUUAUCUGCUCUUAGACCCCCAAAGUAGAAGGUUCAAUGGUGCACAUCCAUGACAUUUGUAAAGAGAACUUUACAACAUAAGCAAAAUGUUCCUUUAAGUAAAACAUCACAGGUGAAAUCAUGUAAUCAAUCUGACGUGUGGCAGAGUAAAACUAUAACUACACAUGAAGGAUCUCUGCAGUCCUAUAAUGCUCAAGUCUUCCUGAUUUUACUGAAGCUCAGAUUUAUGUUUUUAUUUUGAAAAGGAUGACUAUAAGGUGAUUGUGUCCAUGGGUUCAGUUAGUUGUUUGAAUUGCAUAUUUAUAGUGUUUUCUUUAUGUUGUUUGUGUUUUAUAAUAAAAUUAGGUGAUUACAAAAAAAAUGGAAAUGCUAAUAAAUGUCUACUAUCAACACUA